UAUUCACAUAAUCCCAAACAGAACCAUCAUAUUAGUGAAAGAACUGCAGAGACAUUGAAAGGAUCACAUCACUAACAAUGAGCUUCAAAAUACAGUUACGUGGAGUCAAUCCUUUGCAAUUUUUUGCUUCCGUUCUUCUUAUUUCUUCAGUGUUAAACAUGUUGACGGGCACUGAAGGCUGGUCAUACCAUUGCUCAGACUCCACCAUGACCUGGGAAGAGGCAAGAAACUGGUGCAAGGAGCGCUUCACAGACAUGGUGGCCAUCCAAAACAAAGAGGAGAUUUCUUAUUUAAACAGCUACUUGCCAAAAGUUAAUGGGUAUUACUGGAUUGGGAUACGCAAAAUUAAUGACACCUGGACCUGGGUGGGAACCAACAAGAAACUUACUGACGAAGCUAAGAAUUGGGCAAAUAAUGAGCCAAAUGGAAAGAAAUAUAAUGAAGACUGUGUGGAAAUAUACAUUAAAAGAGACGAGGAGGCCGGCAAAUGGAACGAUGAGUCCUGUUCGAGACUGAAGACUGCGUUAUGUUACACUGCAUCCUGCAAAAACGAUUCCUGCGUCAGUGGUCAUGGCGAGUGUGUGGAGACUAUAAACAACCACACAUGCUCAUGCUUUGAAGGUUUUUAUGGAGAGAUGUGUGAGAAUGUAAUAAAAUGCAAACCAGAGGACAUCACCAAACCAGAUCAUGGCAGUGUCCAGUGUUCUAAUCCUAAUGGAGACUACUCAUAUGACUCUCAGUGUGAAUACUCCUGUGAUGAGGGUUAUAAACUAAAGGGUGCCAGUAUGGCAAAAUGCACCGCUACAGCAGAAUGGUCGAGCAAACCACCAACCUGUGAACUUAUUCAAUGUGCAGAGCUAACCGCACCAAACAAUGGGACAAUGCACUGUAGCCACAAUCCCAAAGGCAACUUUAGCUCCCAAUCCACUUGUGCGUUUGCUUGUAAAGAAGGAUACACGUUACAAACAUCCAGCUCAUCUACGCUGCUUUGUGGAGCCACAGGAAACUGGAAUGAUUCACAACCCAGAUGUAAAGUAAUAAAAUGCAAACCGGAGGACAUCACCACACCAGAUCAUGGCACCGUCCAUUGUUCUAAUCCUAAUGGAAACUUUUCAUAUGACUCUCUGUGUGAAUACUCCUGUGAUGAGGGUUAUAAACUAAAGGGUGCCAGUAUGGCGAGAUGCACUGCGACAACAGAAUGGUCGAGUAAACCACCAACCUGUGAACUUGUUCAAUGUUCAGAGCUGAUCACACCAAACAAUGGGACAAUGCACUGUCGCCACAAUCCCAAAGGCAACUUCGGCUACCAGUCCACCUGUGAGUUUGCUUGUAAAGAAGGAUACACGUUACAAACAUGCAGCUCAUCUACGCUGCUUUGUGGAGCCACAGGACACUGGAAUGAUUCACAACCCAGCUGUGAAAUUGUAAAAUGCAAUCCCGAGGAUGUCACCACUUUAUAUUAUGGCAGUGUCCAAUGUUCUAAACCCAAUGGAGAUUUUUCAUAUGACUCUGUGUGUGAAUACUCAUGUGAGGAGGGUUAUGAACUGAAGGGGUCCAGUACGACAAAAUGCACUGCUAACACAGAAUGGACCAGCAAACCACCGACCUGUGAACCUGUUCGCUGCCCAUCCCGUGAGAAUCCAGCCAAUGUUGUCAUGGACUGCACUGAUUCAAGCUUUAUUUACGGGAGUAAGUGCAGCUUCAGUUGUGAAGAAGGUUAUCUCCUCCAGGGGGCGUCAGAGAUCAGCUGUACAAAAACUGCAGAGUGGAGUCAUGAACCACCUCGCUGUGAAGCAGUGGACUGUCCACCUCUUGAUGAGCCUGUCAAUGGGGACAUAAACUGCACUUUGGAGGAACCCAUCUUUGGAACAGUCUGCAUCUUCAGCUGUCAUGAUGGUUACCAGCUUUACAAUAAUGAGAUUGUGAUGUGCAACCACAAUGGAAACUGGUCAGGGGAGGUUGCAGUGUGCUUAGCUCAACCUGGACCCUCAGCAUCGAGCUUUAAAGUGACAGAAGUGACACUUGGGGUUUCAGCUAUUGUCGGGAGCUCUAGUCUGUUGUUAAUCCUUUGGAUACUGAAGAAAUUGAGACGUAACGCUAACAAGUUUGACCUGAACAGCAACUCUGAUACUGAGGAUCCUCCACAGGUUUAUAAGAACAGUCGUGACAGUCUGAUUUAGAGCAGAAGUACAUCAUGGGUCUUCACAAGAUAACCAGACAUGCAGGAAAAAUUCAUUGUCAUUUUUCUUCCCAAUGGAAGUUGUUUUUUACCUGACUGAACAUAUUGUUCUGUACUUUUUUACUUGUUGUAAUGUUAAUAUUUAUGAGCUGUUUUUGUGACUAUUUAUUCAAUGUAGCCUAUAAAACUACUUGUGUGAAAACCAAUAAAAUGUUUAAUUUAUGAAACAUUAUGACUAAAUUCAUGAAAGCAUUAUGGG